AUGUGGGAACCUCUACCCUUGAUCGUCUACGGCUAUGCGGUACAUCCUCUUAGUCCCUCACGUCGCGACCACACGAUGGCUUCUACCGACGACCAGCUCGUCUACCGUGAUGUUGUCGCAUUGGAAGUAGGAGACGAAGUUUACGCUUUUGAGAAGUAUAUUCCCAAAGGGAGAGAGGUCGAGGGUACUUGGUAUAGAGGGUAUGUUGUCUGUACGACUCGUAGACCACCCGUAACAUGGGCCGUGUCUGGCGACUCCUCACUGGCCAAGUUACCCCCCAAAUCCGAAGAACCACAACAGGUCUUCAUUGGCAUCUUUCCUGCCUCCCAUAUAUUCCUUCGUGAUGAGCUUUCUGAUGCAGAGGGUCGACUCCAUAACUAUGCCACCUCAGUAAAUGGUUCGACCAUUAGCAAUGGUAUCGAUCAGUUUAAGCAAGCUUCAAGCUCGACCGAAACCUUUUCCCAAUGGGGCAAGGACAAGGGAGGAUCCAGUAUGCAUACUUUGAGGGAGGAAGAUGAAGAUUUUGACCGUCUUACUACAGCCAGUAGACGCUCCUUCAGGCUUGGUCCACCUCCUGAGCAAGCAUUCUCUUUGCGCGCUGGUCUACCGGUUUAUUCCAACAGUCUUCGCUCCUCGUCGCCUGCAGAUUCCCAAUUAAUGAAGCCACUUCCUCCCCGUCCAUCUCUCAAAUCUGGAGACGACACUGCGUCAGGUGCCGCUCAGCCAAUUAUCGACGAAAUUGCUUCGGCCCUUCGCGAAUGGCACACCCUGAUGUUCCAGUAUCUUGCCCGGAGAGACUACAAGUUAUUUCACGUAGUUAAAGGCCAUAUUGAGGCGCUCCAUCUUGGGCGACUGCAACUUCUGGCCGAAACGUUAAGCGCUGAAGAAACAGUCAACAUGCGGCGUGACUGUGUUACCAGACUGGUCAGCGGUAACCUUGUGCAGGGAUUAGAUGUCAUUGUGCGACAUCCGUCAUGGGGAGGCCUGGUUACGGUCGACGUCGAAGGUGAUGUAGAUGAAAGAAGUUGGGUUAGCGCCGUUCGAAUGUUCACAAUGCAGACCUCCCUUGCAUACCUCAACAUCUCACUUGAUGAAUCCCUGUCGCCGCGUCCUUAUCCUGUCGGUGCAAGUACGGAUUACCUGGCCUCGGCACCAUUGCCCACCCCAGCUCACUCAGCAUUUUCUGAUUCCACCUAUCCCCGCAAUCAAACUCGUAUUCGCCCUUGGGGUUAUUUGAGUCUACCUGCCGAUUCAGGCCCCGAUACAGCCAAGUUCUAUCAUGUCUACCUAGACCUGAGAGCAUUUGUUGCCUCUCCGUGUGCCCCAGGUGAAACAGCGGAACUAUUCUUCUCCCUCUAUCGGCAUAAAGGGAAUCAGUUCAUCACCGAAGAUUUUUGUGUCAUCCUCAACCACAAUGGGGUUUCCGCUCGCAAUCCGUCUGACCACAUACGCACUUUGUUCGUCGAUUUGGCGCAUUCCGACAUCCAGGAUCCAACAUAUCUUGUGUGCCGUAUUGUCCGAAAUGGCUCUUUGAAGAUAGGAAAUGGAUCGAACUCAGCUACACCUUUAGAAGGGAGGCGAGGGUCAGAAGCGUCGGUCAGAGCGGAUGCUGGCACUUCGGCGGGAUGGAUUGAUAGCAACGGUACACAACCACGUACUUCAACAGAUAUUUCAGGCCAAUUUCGACGACCGUUCGGCUGCGCUAUACUGGAGCUAACGCAACUGGGUCGGAUAACUGCUGAAGGAGGUAAUGUAACUGCCAUGAAGGAGUACAGCAUGCCGAUCUAUGUGCCCACGAAUGAGGUUGCGUUUUCCAUGAUACAUCAAAAUAUCAUCGACAACGCAGCCAAAGAAUUUGAAAAAUCUCCUCGGGCCGAAAUGUUGGCGGUCUCAGUCAAAGUGUUUCGUGGAGAUGCUGUCACUAUCGUGAAAGAAAACACUUCUCUUCUGCAAGAUAUUCCUCAAACCCUUCGCCUUGGUUUCCCUGAUGUCGUGUUUCCUGGCGACGUUCGAAAUGAACUCUAUGUCAAGUUAUGGUCUGGGGAUUUCCUGUCAACGAACGGGACUCCUGGACGGAUCAGUGUAUCGAGCUUCACGCGUGGUCCUUUGAAUUCGACUUCCAGUAACGUUCAGGUCACAGUCGAAGUCAGGGACCAAGAUGGCAGAACUGUAGAAUCAGUUAUAUCUCAAGGAAGUGGGGAGCCUCUUAUGACACACGAACCAACAUUUGGAGAGCUCAUCAAAAUCCGAUUGCCUCUUAGCGGAAUACCGCAGUGGCACCUCUUUUUUACUUUCAGGAACCGUUCAGGCCGCGAAAGAGGAAAUCGGGGGACGCCCGAGUCAGAUCGGCCAUUUGCAUUUGCCUUCCAACAGCUUUUCCCUGAUACCCGCGCAUUUGUUGAAGACGGGAGUCACAGGCUGAUCAUGUAUAAAGGAGACAGGCUUGGAACGCUCAGCCCCGACAUAUAUCUGAAUGCACCUUCAUCCUUACUUGGUGGUCAGAAAUUGGAUCAGCUCGUUCCACCAGAGAUGCUCCGCGUUGCCCCUUCGACGAGGGACACACUAACCGUUCGCACGUCCUUAUGCUCUACCAAAUUCACCCAGAACCCAGUUCUAUUAAGCCUUCUCAACUGGGAAAAGGUCGCGGACCAGGAAUUUCUAUCGACAGUCCUCACCAAGUUCACAUUUGUUGGAGAAGGCGAAAUCGUCAAAUUCCUUCCCGACAUCUUCGACUCUUUAUUUGGUAUCAUGGUCUCUCCCAAUAAUCAGGCUUGCGAAAUGGAUUUUCUGGUCUUCAAUGCGUUGGUCACCGUUUUAGGCAUUAUACAAGAUCGACGGUUCAGCAAUUUCCAGCCGGUGUUGGACGUUUACAUAGAAAAACAUUUCAACUGCGCAUCGGCCUCAUCGCAUAUGAUCCAGUCCAUGAAUCGUCUACUCACCAAUCCUACGUCCACAGAAACCGCAUCUCCACUUCGAGCAGCGCUGAAGGUUUGGCAUUAUGUCAUGAAAUUCAUAGCCAAGUCAAGAGAGCUGCAGAAAGCAAAGGAACUUGGUGUCGGAGGUGGAGUGACUGCAGAACAUCUCGAAGGCACUUUUAAACGUGAACUUCGGUCCCACUUGACGGAGGUCACCCGUUUAAUGUCGACAUCUUCGCCCCUGUCAAUCGUUGGAACCCAAACAAUUGCAUUGCAGCACUUCACUUCGAUCCUCCCGGAACUGGCUAAGAUAUUUUCAGUCGUUGAUUUAGUGUCCAUUGUGACGACCUUUGCCACAAAUGCGGCCACUGCAGCAAGGGGCAAGAUAGUCAUUUGGAAGCUUAUUAUGUACCUUCAGAUCGUGAAAGGGUUCCUUUUUGACAACCCGCAGUCUCGACCGCUACUUGUGGAGGCUGUCGUACAGUGGAUCAGGCCUCACUUUGGUCGAUAUGAUGAAUAUGCUCAAACACAGGGCGCGGAUUCAGAGGGCGCUCGUGAUGCUGCGCGGGUGGCUUGGUUGGAAAACAUACGGUUAUGUGUCGCGAUUAUUGCUGUCAUGUUGGACAAGCUCCAGACAAGCCUGGUGUGUCCAUCGGUUAUCGAAGAUCGACCCAGGUUCCGCACGGAGCAGGAGAAUGUGGAAAAUCUCCUUCCCCUUCUACCAAGGUUCGCCUUCCUCUGGCCACUCUACAAGCCUCUCAAUAAUUUGAUAGAGGCGGUCAAAGCUUUGGAACGCACUCGAUCGCCAAAAACGGCCAUUCCUGUCAUCUUCCCAGAGUCCUACCCAUUCUCGUUACUAUCCUACCUACCAAGCUCGUCCCAGAGCUCUGUGAGGGCGGGAGAAUCUGAUGAAGUCUUCAAUGCUGGUCUAGGCGAGACAGCCGUUGUCUUUCUAGUGCUUUCGAGUCUUGACAUUGAAGGACAGGAACGCUUUAUCGCAUUGAUGUCUCAAUUUUUCAAGGUGGCAACCUCGAUUCUAGGAAAUGACGCAUUCCCGAAGUCUUGGUUGAACGUCAAUAUCAUGGCGCACAAGGUUCUGGUUAAAAUGAUGGUUCCUAUAUCCACCAUCCUGGAGAAAGAGUUUAUCCCACCUCAGGAUUCAGAAGCUCGAUUUGAUGCUCGCCUAUGGCGCGAGGCUUUUUUCAUGCUUCUGAAGCUGCUGUCUUCCGAUCAAUUGGUCAUCGAAGACUUCAGCCCUCAGAAACGGCGUGCUGUAUGGCGAUUAGCCGGCGAUAUCCGAGGUGAAGGAGCAUCUAUCAUGCUAUCGCUUUGGCAAGCGUUAGGCUGGGCAGAGCAACUUACUAAUACCGGCGAACCUGUUGCCCGUUACGGGGGAUAUCAAGUAUAUCUCAACGCUCUUGUUGGUCAUGUUGUCAACCUCUGUCUGAGCCACCAUGAACAACUUAGGAACAAUGCCGUUCACAUGCUAUACUGUAUGAUUGUUUCAGAGUACCACCAGGCAGGCAAUUUCGAUGAAAUCGAAAACGAACUUGUAACACGCCUGGAUUCUUUAUUCAUGUCCGAUAGCAAAGGCGAUGACAUUUCUGGUGCUUUCUUCGUCACACAACUCAGACACCUGUUCGAAACCUCGGAUGUCGAUGAAAGUUUGCGGGAGCGGAUUUCGACAUUUUUGGAUUCCGUGGAUCUCUUCCUAGAACUGCUAUUAAGCCUUCGUGCACUUCCAGAAGGAGAAGAAUUCGCAGACGAACGCGUCAUUGCCACUCUGCGAUUGAUGAACUUCAUUCGACGAAUCGGGAGGGAUGAAAUUUAUAUCAAAUACGUGCAUCAACUUGUCAACGUAACCAUGGAUGACUUGGGCCUUCCGCAACAGUCUCAGUUCCACCGUAAGGAGACGCUUUGCUUGCUGAUUUUAGAUUAUUUGGGCAAAGGGAAAGCUUGGGAACGGGCUGUUGAAAUCUGCAAGGAGCUUGCUUACCAGCAUGCCGAGGUCACAUAUAACUAUGGUCGUCUAUCCGAAAUUCUUCGUCACCAAGCGACGCUCCUGGAACACAUUGUCACAGAGCAGCGAUACUAUUCUGAUUAUUAUCUGGUGACAUUUUAUGGCAAUUUUCCUGCGGCAAUCCGGGACAAACGUUUUAUUUAUCGCGGAUACGAAUGGGAGAAAUAUGGCGCAUUUUGCGAGCGGAUGCUCAACAAGCAUUCGGGAGCACAGCUACUUAAAAUCAUUGGCGACCCUCCGGUUGACAUCCGUUUUGGCACGGAUCAGUAUAUCCAGUGUACAUCGGUAACUCCAGAACCUGAUCGAACUCUGCCCGUCUUCACAAAUCCUGAUGUGCCAACCGCAGUCCGCGUGUACUACGAACACAGUGCGAUCAACCUCUUCAGCUCUUCACGGCAAGUCAAGAAGCUUGGGCGCGACGGAUCAGACGAAAUUUGGGUAGAAAAGACCUACUUCACAACAGAGGAGACCUUCCCAACCGUUCUACGCCGUUCCCAGGUCAUCGAAUUGGAGGUUGUUGAACUCUCCCCUGUCGAGAACGCCUUGACUGAAGUGGAGACCAAGACCAAGGACCUUGCGGCUCUCAGUAUCCGUUAUCAAUCCCUUGCUAAGACCGCUCAGCAGGUAUCGACCAACGCGUUAUCAAUGGCACUUAAUAGUGCAGUCGAUGCACCCAUGAACACAGGUGUUGCAUCAUACCGUCAGACGUUCUUCAACAGCGAAUAUGUUACUCGCAAUCCUGAUCGAGCGGAGAUGGUCGAACGGCUAAGAGUCGCUAUAGAUGAGCAGGUUCGCACAAUUGACGCAUGCCUCAAACUCCAUGGUCAUCUCUGUCCCGUCGAAUUCCAUCCAUUCCACGAAACACUGGAGAAGUUUUUCAGGAAAAACUUCAGGGAAGAAAUUCGACGAUUAGUAAUCGAUGAAACAAGUACACUUCCUGCCACUUCUGUGUACGAGCAAUCCGUCAUUAGAUCCAUGUCUUCAACUUCGACAAAACGUGCACCAAUCAUCCCUCCGAUUUCACUGUCUUUCAAACGCAAGACGGCAUCGCCCCCACCUGCCUCGCCAAUAGAUGGAAUACCAGGUGUUCCGCGACAGACACCGCUUCAACGGCACCUUGCACAUUUGGCACGACACGGGAUCAAUGGGGUGGCCUCGUCGCCGGGGGACAUGGGCGCGGGCAUGGCGGGCGGAAGCGACUCAGUAAGUGUCGAAUCGCCCGAUACGUCGCUUGUCAACGUCAACAGCGGCGCUGCGGAGCCCUCGGGGUCGUCGGUAAUGACGUCCCUUGGCUCCUUGGGUUCGCUCAAGGGUCGCUUUUCGCGCUUCGGGAGUCUCAGCUUUAGUAGGCGUGGUGCUUCCCAUUCAUAG